AUGAAUGACCGCGACGAUUAUGAUGAGCUGCCUUACCUAGACGACCCUGAUGUUGAACUACUGUACGAGAUAUGCAAGCGCGCAUCCGGAUCGCACGAACCUCCCUUCAAGGCGCUCUUCGCAGCCUACGAUGAGAUCUUCGCCGAACGAGGACUAGAAGGCCAGCGUGAUGGAGCGAUCUUCAGGUACCUUAUGCGCGUUGGCGAGAGCACGAGAGGAGCCAAUCGGGAAAGGAGAAGGAUUGAUCUCGUGCAACAGCUGAAAGGCGUUUUGGAGGCAUUGGGUAUUACUGUCUUGGGCGAGGAGGACAAUGGCCGAGAAGAUGCAACUACAGCGACGGAAGACGUCAGACGGGAUUCGGCGCGACUGGAUGAGCGGCGCAAGCGCAGGGUUUCUUUCGACGAGGCGCGGUAUGAGGAGACCUGGUUGAGUGAGCAUACGCAGUCGGUACAUCCGUCUCCGACGCCGCCACCACGAGGGACUCUUUUGAAGCUGCCGCCACGGAGAGGAAGGAUCGGCACGACUGAGCGCAGAGCACGCUCGACAAGUGCUCGCCGUCCUGUUAGCAGACAGCCAGAGGUUUACUCGAACACGCAGCAACACGUCUCGCCCUCAGCCGAAGGCCGUUACAACUACAACCCAGCGGACCUCUAUCCAUCCCGACAGGAACUCGACAUGAAUGCUGAGGCUUUCUUAUCAACCUGUGCGAUUCGCUCCGCUCGAUCAGCAUUGCACCACUGGUACGGCGCAGCUAUUCAGAUAAGGCAAGCUAACGACUACGCUUUCGGGAUAGCAAUCGACCACGAUCGUCGCGCGCUGCUUCAACAAUCCUAUGAUGCUUGGCGCGCAGCUUAUAAAGAGAAGCGCGAGCUGGCGCAUCAAGAACGACAUUGGAAGAAGACUGAAGAGAGAGCGAGGCGCGGACGCGACCUCUUCCUCAUUCGCAAAGUCUUCACGCACUGGGCUACGUCGACUUCGCAUGAGAAGCUUUGCGUUGAGGUCGCACGUCGCCAGAUUCUGCGAUCUUCCUACUUCAACCGUUGGCGCGCCAUUGCCGCUGAGAAUCAGGCGAAGGCACGGAGCAUUCUCUGCAAGAAGUAUCUUGCCAUCUGGCGAGAGAAGGUCGAGGCGAGGCUGCUGGCUAAAGAGCAGGCAGUUUCCUGGUACGAGGAGACUUUGCUCAGGAAGUGCAAGAAGCGGUGGUUCUGGCAGUUCUGCGGAAGACGUGUGGAGGGUUGGCAUGAGCAGAGGGUACAGAAGCGGACCUUCGAUCGACUUGACGCCAAGUGCCAAGAACGACAGGACCGUGAGCAGCGAGCAGAAGAUGUGUACUGCUCUCGAUUGCUUCGAAGAAGCCUGAGCCUCCUCGCUGGGAAGCUUCACGCUCGACAGACCCAGAAUACCACGGCGCAAAAACACUGCGAGCGGUCUUUGGCCUCACGGACAUUGCACGGUGUUGGCAUCCAGGCGAAACUGGACCCCAUCGCACGCACGGUCUCAGCAAAAGUGGACUUGAACACUGCUCGCAAAGCCCUGCGCGUCUGGCGUCUUCACCUAAGUCUCUCGCAGCAGGCCGCAGAAGUCGAUCAUCAGAGGCUCCUGCAAACUGCCUGGACCAAUUGGAACGAUGCACUGCGGUGUCGAGCUUUGGCGCAGAAGAUCAACGAACGGGUCUUGGUUGAGAACCUGUACCGAUGGGUUUUGCAGGAGCGAUUGCGGUUGUUUCAGCGCACAAUCGAUGGUCGAAUACUUGGGCGAGCCAUGACAUGGUGGCGGGCGAAGGUUGAAGAUGAACGGGACCAACUUGCGAAUGCUGAAAUCGUCUUCGCCGAGCGGCAACGUAGACGUCGGCUGGCUUUUGGAAUGGUCCGGUUGAAUAUAACCAUGCGAGCUCGAGAGGACGCUGAGCGGGCUGCCGUGGAGUUCUCCAUGAGUCGUGCCCUGCCGAAGGCACUCGAAGCUUGGAAGGAUCAGACUGAUCAUGCGCGGCGGCUGGCGAAAUGGGCUGCUGAUGCUCGAUUCUAUUGUCUUACCGCCGGGACACUGAAGAACUGGAGAGAGAAGACGACAGAACAUGUUGCUGAUCGCAGGCGAGCAGCAUACGUUCAGGUGCGCGCGAGGAUCAAGAUAAGGCUCGCGAGGGAGUGCUUGAUCAAGAUGCGAGCUUCAGUCGUUGCAGUAAGGUCGAUGGAGGCCGAAGCUGAGAGAAAGGCGCAGGUGCGGUCAGCGGAUAUUGGCGUCGCUGCGUUCGAGCACUUGCGUCAGCGAAGCGCGAGAUACCGUGAGCUGGAUGUUCAGGCCACGGAGAUCAACUCGCGGAAGCUGCUGUCGUCCGCUCUCGAAGCAAUGCGGCUCAAGCACACCGACUAUGAGCGGAUGGCAGAGCAGGCACAGAGCUUCAAGCGCGAGACUGAAUUGGCGGUCCUCGCCGAUGCCCUCCGACGAGUGCAGUGGGCGAACUUCACAGCUGCACGCAAGGUGGAAAGCGCUGAAGCCUUAUGGCUCCGCAACCGCGAUCAGCAUAUCAAGCAGAUGCUUCGCCACUGGGCAACGCAAACAGCGGCUCGGCGGUCGACAGUCCUUCGCGGCAGAGAUGCUCGAGUCGAGGAAGCAGAGCCGGAGAGCCCUAGUCUUCGACCAGCGAGUCGUGCUGCCUCACGUUCGAGAGCUCCUGAUCGAGUACUGCUAUCCUCACCACCUUCGCAGGAUCAGCUGCAGUCAACGCCAGGGUACAUGCGCACACCGUCUCGUCCGCGCCGAGCUGGCCGCUUCCGUCCGCUGCCUACGCCUGCAACUUUCACCCCAUUGGCUUUCGAUACGGCUUACCUCGCCACCGUGCCUGCGCCGCUGCCGAACGCUGAAGAGAGUGGAGAAGGACUGACGUUCGACCGAACUGCCACGGAAGGUCUCACCCCCCAGAUCACACCUUUCUCCAGGAAGCUGAGGGCUGGUGGGAUUGGCGGAGCUGGGCCGUUGUCAGCAUUGAGGAGGUCGGAUCUGGGGCGCUCGGUGCAGGGUGGGACGAAUAAGAGUGUCAGGUUCGCGGGUGCUGGGAGGUUUAGGGGGAGUGAUGACGGACAUUUGAAGAGUAGCUGA